AUGGAUCCUAAUCCUCUUUGGCGCCGUGAUGACGGCGCAGACCAAUUUCUCGACCUCAUCCAGGACCCGUUCAAAUCCGCCUUCCAAGUGAAAGCUGUCUGGGCCUCUUUGGCUACCUCCGCUGGUCUCGCCAUCAUCCUCGCCUUGCUCUUCUCCCUGUUCCGUCCUCGACACUCGGUGGUCUAUGCCCCCAAAGUCAAGCAUGCCGACCGCAAACACACUCCGCCUCCCGUGGGGAAGGGUCUAUUUGCCUGGGUCAAACCGGUCUUGAGCACCAGAGAGCAGCAGCUGAUCGACUGCGUUGGCCUCGAUGCCGCCAUUUUCCUGCGUUUUACCAAGAUGUGCCGCAACAUCUUCAUUUUGCUCAGCAUCAUCGGCUGCGGGGUCAUGAUUCCCGUCAAUAUCACGCAGAGCGACAGCUCCUCAAAAGGCGACCUCUCGGUCUUUUCCACCAUGACUCCGUUGAAUGUCACCGCGAACGCGAUUUGGAGUCAGGUCAUUUGCGCCUGGGUGUUCGACAUUAUUAUCGCGUACUUUCUCUGGAGGAACUACAAAGCCGUGAAAGCACUCCGCCGAGCCUACUUUGAAAGCUCGGAAUACCAGCGUAGUCUGCACGCCCGAACCCUGAUGAUUACCGAUAUUCCCUCCGCGGCCCGAUCUGACGAGGGUGUGAUGCGCCUGGUCGAUGAAGUCAACCCUACCGCCGCCGUACCUCGAUCCUCCGUUGGCCGCAAUGUCAAAGGUCUUCCUGGGCUGAUCAAGGAGCACGAGGAAGCGGUGCGUGAGCUCGAGUCGGUGCUGGCCAAGUACCUCAAAAACCCGGAUAAAUUGCCCAUCAACCGGCCGACCAUGCGUCCACCGCGGAAACAAAGAGGCGACGGGGUCAAGGGCAAGGUCGAUGCCAUUGAUUUCUUGGCCGACCAAAUCCAGAGGCUGGAGGAAGAGAUUCGGCAUGUGCGCGGGUCGAUUGACAAGCGGAAUGCCCUCCCGUACGGUUUCGUCAGCUGGGAAAUGAUCGAGCACGCCCAUGCGGUGGCCUUCACUGCGCGCAACAAGCACCCUCAAGGGACGACGAUCCGUCUGGCUCCCCGGCCCAGUGACAUUAUCUGGGAAAACCUGCCGUUGUCGAAAUCCGCCCGCAAAUGGAAGCAGUUCAUGAACUUCAUCUAUUCAGCGGUCUUGACGGUGAUUUGGAUCGCUCCCAACGCCCUCAUCGCAGUCUUCUUGUCUAACCUGAAUAACUUGGGUCUCGUCUGGCCGGCUUUCCAGACCUCGCUGAACGCCCAUUCCGAGGUCUGGGCCGCCGUGCAGGGUAUUUUGUCGCCUGCGAUUACGUCUCUCGUUUAUGUGCUCCUGCCUAUCAUCUUCCGUCGGAUGGCUAUUCGAGCCGGUGACGUGACGAAAACUUCGAGAGAGCGACACGUGCUGCACAAUCUGUACGCCUUUUUUGUCUUCAACAACCUGAUUGUCUUCUCCCUCUUUUCCGCCGCAUGGACCUUCGUCGCGGCGGUCGUCGAUGCGAAGGAUGGCGAGGAUGCCUGGAACGCCAUCAAGGACGGAGCGCUCUACGCUAAGGUGAUGGGCGCUCUCUGUCAAGUCUCGCCGUUUUGGGUCACCUAUCUUCUGCAGAGAAACCUGGGAGCGGCCAUUGACCUGAUCCAGCUGGUGAACGUGUUCUGGGUCUGGUUCUCCAAGACCUUCCUGGCUCCCACCCCCCGGCAAGCCAUUGAGUGGACGGCGCCACCGCAGUUCCAAUUCGCCAGUUACUACAACUACUUCUUGUUCUACGCGACGGUCGCUCUCUGCUUCGCCACGUUGCAGCCGGUCGUUCUACCGGUCACCGCGCUGUACUUUGGGAUGGAUGCGAUGAUGAAGAAAUACAUGCUGCUCUACGUGUUCGUGACGAAGAACGAGUCUGGCGGACGCUUCUGGCGGGUGGUGUUCAACCGGCUGGUGUUUGCGACGAUCCUCGCCAACGUGGUGAUCGCCUUGGUGGCUAAGGUGCGAGGCACCUGGACGAUGGUCUUCUGCGUGAUCCCGCUUCCCUUCUUGAUGCUGGGCUUCAAGUGGUAUUGCAUGAAGGCGUUCGACGGCGACAUCAAGUAUUACAACCGGGCCAACCUCAGCGACGCCGAAGCCCUCGCCGUGGGCAAAUCCAGCAAGAAGGCCGCGGACCGACUCAACUCCCGGUUCGGUCAUCCGGCGCUCUACAAGCCUCUGAUCACUCCCAUGGUCCACGCGAAGGCGGCCGAAGCGCUGGGCCGCAUCUACCGGGGCCGCCUGGGCUCGGUGGAUGCGGAGGGCGAGUACUCGGACAUCGCCAUGAAUCCCAUGUCGACUUCGCAUCCGGGCAAGAAGAUGGACGCCCCGGCGGCCGCCCCCUUCGAGGUCGUUCCCGAAAACCACCUCGACUUCUCGUACUACAAGGACCGACCCGAUUUCCGCGACGAGUUUGGCGGUGGCAUCUACGGUCGUCCCGACGACCUCAUGACCGAGCGCUCGCAGACCCCGCGCAGCCAUCUGGGUGGCGAGUGGUCGCCCACUUCGUCGCGCGCGUCGUCUCCGACGCCAUCGCUCCCGUCCAUCCGACCGUACGAGCGCUACGACCUGAAUGCCGGCGAGCAGAUCCAUCCGGCGUUCCGCACCCCCUUGUCGCGCAUGGAUAGCGGUCCGGUGGGACAGGGACUCUACCAGCAUGACGACGAGAGUCAUGCCGGGCUCCUCAGCCAGGCACAAGGGCCGGCGAUCAACGAGACCGCGUCGGCGACGCCGUUGGAUCGAUGGCGAACCGGAGGGUAUGGGCCGGUGGACCAGGACGAGCCCAAUCCCACCUCAUACGAGCAUUAUCGUGUGUCACGAUAG